AUGUCUUGCAUUAGAUCAGCGUCAUCUAUACUGCGCCUCCCAAUCCGUCAAAAUCGCAAGGUUCUGCUUAUUUCGCCUUCCAACAUCUACAUCUGCAAGCAGGGCCUAUCAGUGGCUAGUCGUACAUUUUCUGCCUCGAUGCCUUCAAAAACUCUCAAACGCAAAUCAAAGAGCCUACCGAGCCAAAAUGGCCACAGUGUAAAAAGAGCCAGGACCACUAAUGGACUACGCGAACCACAUCCACUGGCAGCUGAAGCUGAAAAACAUGGCAUUGUUCUUCGCAAAUAUUACCCAGCUGAAAUGAGCAAUGACAGGGCUCGCGCGUACAAUAACAGCGAGAUCCCACGACCGAUCGAGGAACUGGUUUCGGCUUUGGAGGACACUGCAGAAGAUCGCAUGAAUAUCCCAGUCAAGGAUGCGGUAAUUCACUGGUUUAAGAUGGACCUUCGCUGCCACGACAACAGAUCUCUGGCUUUGGCGAGCCAGAAGGCAAAAGAAGCGGGAGUGCCGCUCAUCUGCAUCUACAUUGUCAGCCCGCAGGAUUUUGAGGCCCAUGUGACGGCCCCGAUACGCGUCGACUUCAUGCUGAGAACUCUCGAGGUUCUCAAACAAGAUCUGGCCACACUCGACAUCCCUCUUUACGUUGAAACUGUAGAAAAGAGAAAGAAAAUCCCGGACCGAGUUUUGGAGCUCAUGGAGCAAUGGGGAAGCCGCCACUUGUUCGCCAACAUGGAAUAUGAAGUGGACGAACUGCGAAGAGAGGCAACCAUGGUACGAGACUUUUCUGAGAACGGCAAAUCUUUUGAAGUUGUUCAUGAUACCUGCGUUGUGCCUCCUGGACGAUUGCGAAGCGGAUCUGGAAAUCAAUAUGCCGUCUAUACACCUUGGUACCGUGCAUGGGUCGCCCACGUUCAUGACAAUUUGGAUCUCCUUGAGCUGUACGACCCUCCCUGUAAAAAUCCAAGCUCGUCCAGAAAGAAAUUCAAGGCUCUUUUCGACUGCUCCAUACCAGAUGCCCCGGCGAACAAAGAGCUGUCUGCGGCCGAGAAGAAAAGGUAUCAUUCUCUCUGGCCAUGCGGGGAGCAUGCUGCCAUGCAACGGCUACACAAGUUUUGCGAAGAAAGAAUAGGUAGCUACAGCAACAAGCGGAAUAUACCGUCUGAUGAUGGCACCUCUUGCCUCUCGGUGCAUCUCGCAAGCGGAACACUCAGCAGCCGUACUUGUGUGCGUACGGCCAGGGAUCGAAACAAGACGAAAAGACUAGAUGGCGGCCAUGAAGGAAUCCGCGUGUGGGUAAGCGAGGUCGCUUGGCGCGACUUUUACAAGCAUGUCCUUGUCAACUGGCCAUAUGUUUGCAUGAACAAGCCUUUCAAACCGGAGUAUUCCAACAUUAGCUGGUCCUACAAUGUAGACCACUUCAAGGCUUGGUGCGAUGGCCAAACAGGAUUUCCAAUUGUAGAUGCCGCAAUGCGCCAAAUGAGGCAGCUGGGAUACAUGCAUAACCGUUGUCGCAUGAUUGUCGCUUGCUUCUUGGCAAAGGAUCUCCUCAUCGAUUGGCGCAUGGGAGAACGCUACUUUAUGGAGACUCUGAUUGAUGGCGACUUUGCCAGCAAUAACGGAGGUUGGGGCUUCAGUGCCAGUGUAGGAGUCGAUCCGCAACCGUACUUUCGCAUAUUCAAUCCGUUGCUACAAAGUGAGAAGUUCGACCCAGACGGAGCUUACAUUCGCAAGUGGGUUCCUGAGCUGAGCGACCUGAGCAAUAAGGAAAUUCACGAUCCAUACGGUCGUGGUGCAGGCAGCAAAGCAAAGAAAAACGGGUAUCCGAAGCAGAUUGUCGAUCACAAGGAUUGUAGAGAUCGCGCUCUCAGCGCAUACAAAGAGGGGAUUGCAAAUGGGAUGUAA